ACCUUGACAGCACUCCUGGAUCAUCCAAGCGGUCGAGGGUGGAGGAGGAACGCGACGAGGACGUUUAUUUUCAGGAUGGAAACCUCGUGAUAUCAGCAUCAAGCGAUAGCAUUAUCUCAUACUUUAAAGUACACAAAUCCAUCCUCGGAAAACACUCCCCAGUCUUCGCAGACAUGUUGGCACUGCCAUCUCCGCCAUUGGUGGAGGAGUAUGAUGGUGUACCCCUUGUCUAUCUUCAUGAUGAUGCCAAAGACGUGAAAGCACUUCUCCAAACCAUCUAUGAUCCCAGCUAUCUGCCAUACCCUCUACAUGCCAAAUCAACCCCGUUAUUGAGCGGUCUCCUUAAAUUAGCUAUGAAAUACGAGGUUGAUUUCCUGCGAAACCGCAUCGUCCAGAACGCUAUAGCUAGUUGGCCAAGAGACCUUGCAGCUUGGGACAAGAUCGAAGAUAAUAUCGACUUCCAGACGAAAAGUGGUAAACACGACAUUGACGUUCUUCCAAAUCCCGUAUACGCCAUACGCAUCGGGCGUGAUUGCAAUAUACCCGAAAUUCUACCUCUCGCGUAUUAUGCCUUGUCAUGGCAGCCUACACCUAAACUGAGCGACUCGGUGUCGAGGUUUGGUUGGGAUCGACAGGCUCUUAGCCGCGAGGAGUUGGAAAUAUUCAAUCUUGGAAAAGAAGGAAUCCUGACUUUCAUUCUGGAACACAGUGCUAUGGACCCAACAAAUCUAUGGAUGUGCGGGCAAAGGGAGUGUAGUGGGCGUUUAGAUGCCGUGCUUUUGCUAUGGCGAGAGAUUAUAACAGAGCUGAUGAUGAGACCUUACGCUCUGCUCUUACUUCGACAAAAGGCUAGCGAGAUUCGAAAUGACAAAUGUGAGGCAUUCGUUUCCUGCGUUUCCUGUCGCAGUCAAAUAUCAAAAAAGCUGCGAGAAGUACGAAAAAGGUUGUUUGAAGAGCUACCUAACCUGUUUCAAGUUUGUCUAUCGUGAUGGUGAUUUCAUGACCUGCUGAUAUGAUAUGAUAUUAUCUGCCUGUGCCGAUAAGACUUCGACUGUUUGAUACUUAUACCCGCACUACCUGCAGGAUUGCACUUGUACUAUCAGCCUGUAUUCAAGUUUGUUCCAAACCAUACCUCGCUUCUACUAUUAUGAU